UUUUCAUAAACGACGUCGUGUAAUCAGGUACAAAACUGUUCUUUACCAAACCCUAGGGUUAGAGAACACUCUCGACUUCCGCGCCACGCUUCUCUAUUUUUGAUCUUGCUUCUGCACCACCCCGCGGCUUGUCUCUCUGUGAUCAGAUCCAAAAUCCAAUGGCCCCAAAGAAGGAAAAGGCUCCUCCACCGUCGUCCAGGCCCGCGAAAUCCGGAGGCGGAAAGCAGAAGAAGAAGAAGUGGAGCAAGGGAAAGCAAAAGGAGAAGGUGAACAACAUGGUGUUGUUUGAUCAAGCAACUUAUGAUAAGCUUCUUUCUGAGGCUCCUAAGUACAAGCUUAUAACCCCUUCCAUUCUCUCCGAUCGUUUAAGGAUCAGUGGAUCACUUGCUAGGAGGGCAAUAAGAGAGCUUAUGGCAAGGGGAUCGAUCAGGAUGGUAUCUGCCCAUGCGAGCCAGCAGAUCUACACCAGGGCAACAAAUACCUAGGUCUCUCAAUAUAUUUUCUUAUUAGUUUUAACGUAGUGGUUUCUUGAGUUUGAUUGCUAUUAUUUUUGUUUAGGCCUAUCUUGUUAAGAGUUUAUGAGCUACAAUUUUAGACCUUAAAAGGUUAAUGUCUUUUGUUGAAAGAGUAUUCGCUUAGACUUUGAAAAUGUUUCUUUUUACAAGUUACUGUUGAGCUACUGCA